AUGUCGUGCAUUGUCCGUCCGAUUAAUUUCAUAUUGGGAAGUUGGUUGCAUAGCCAGCUACCAACGGGAACAUCAUUAAACAUAGCAAGCCUUUCUGCCUACUUGAGGCCAUCAACUGAUGCUCCAAACUUCCUCAUUGAAUUCAUUCAAAGCUCUCCAACCUCCCUCAUUCUCAUUCUGGAUCUACCUCCCAGAAAGGAUCUGGUGCUCAAUCCAGACUACCUUCAAUUGUUCUAUGAAGAUACAGGAUUAGACAAAUACCGUAAAGCAAUCGAAGAACUCCCUGAAGUACGACCAUAUGUCAUGUCCUCUCUUUUCUUCCGCUCCUUAGUUUCUCCAACUUCCAUAAUUGUCCGUGUCGAUACGGAAUCGGGAGGACCCGAACGCUUGGAGGAGAUUAUAGCGAACCAUGUCGGUCCCGUUGCAAGAGAUGUGAUUCGGGUGUGGCUGGAUGAAUGUGCUUGCAAGGAGAGAGGGGUUGGAGAGAUGGAAAGAGGUAAUAUUGAGAAGAGGGAUGAGUUGGUUGAGAAGAAAACCAUUGAUAUAGACUUGGGUUCUAGUUUGCCAAGAUUGUUUGGCCAGGAAAUAGCCAGAUAGAGUAAUGGCAGCCAUCCUAAAGGGAUGAGUUUGCUUUGCUUGUUACUUGUAAAUGUUCAACUUAAUUUCAUUUAUGAUUUUAGAUGGGUUCUUAUGAAUGAA